GGAACUAAAUCCCCUAUUUGUUCACUGAGAUAGGUGAUUUUAAAUAGCCGUGUAAAACUUAAUGUGUUUUCAUCCAUAGGUUUCCUGGCACAGUUUUGGCUAAGCACUUCCUUGAAAUGAAUGGACCGUGAUUGGACGUAAAAUCGCUGCCGAUAUCUGUGAACUAGACAUUUGCAUUAAGUGAGGAACAUUCCGAAGUGAAUAACUACCUUUGUGAUUGUGACUAUAUUUCACCCGAGUGAGAUUGGAUUGUGACUGUAGAUUUCACUCGAGUGAGAUUGGAUUGUGACUGUAGAUUUCACCCGAGUGAGAUUGGAUUGGGACUGUAGAUUUCAUCCUAGUGAGAUUGGAUUGUGACUGUAAAUUUCACCCGAGUGAGAUUGGAUUGUGACUGUAAAUUUCACCCGAGUGAGAUUGGUUUGUGACUGUAAAUUUCACCCGAGUGAGAUUGGAUUGGGACUGUAGAUUUCAUCCUAGUGAGAUUGGAUUGUGACUGUAAAUUUCACCCGAGUGAGAUUGGAUUGUGACUGUAAAUUUCACCCGAGUGAGAUUGGAUUGGGACUGUAGAUUUCACCCGAGUGAGAUUGGGACUGUAGAUUUCAUCCUAGUGAGAUUGGAUUGUGACUGUAAAUUUCACCCGAGUGAGAUUGGAUUGGGACUGUAGAUUUCAUCCUAGUGAGAUUGGAUUGGGACUGUAGAUUUCACCCGAGUGAGAUUGGAUUGGGACUGUAAAUUUCACCCGAGUGAGAUUGGAUUGGGACUGUAGAUUUCACCCGAGUGAGAUUGGAUUGUGACUGUAAAUUUCACCCGAGUGAGAUUGGAUUGUGACUUUAGAUUUCACCCGAGUGAGAUUGGAUUGUGACUGUAGAUUUCAUCCUAGUGAGAUUGGAUUGUGACUGUAGAUUUCACCCGAGUGAGAUUGGAUUGUGACUGUAGAUUUCACCCGAGUGAGAUUGGAUUGUGACUGUAAAUUUCACCCGAGUGAGAUUGGAUUGGGACUGUAGAUUUCACUCGAGUGAGAUUGGAUUGGGACUGUAGAUUUCACCCGAGUGAGAUUGGAUUGGGACUGUAAAUUUCACCCGAGUGAGAUUGGAUUGGGACUGUAAAUUUCACCCGAGUGAGAUUGGAUUGGGACUGUAAAUUUCACCCGAGUGAGAUUGGAUUGGGACUGUAAAUUUCACCCGAGUGAGAUUGGAUUGGGACUGUAGAUUUCAUCCUAGUGAGAUUGGAUUGUGACUGUAAAUUUCACCCGAGUGAGAUUGGAUUGGGACUGUAGAUUUCACUCGAGUGAGAUUGGAUUGGGACUGUAGAUUUCACCCGAGUGAGAUUGGAUUGGGACUGUAAAUUUCACCCGAGUGAGAUUGGAUUGGGACUGUAAAUUUCACCCGAGUGAGAUUGGAUUGUGACUGUAAAUUUCACCCGAGUGAGAUUGGAUUGUGACUGUAAAUUUCACCCGAGUGAGAUUGGAUUGUGACUGUAAAUUUCACCCGAGUGAGAUUGGAUUGGGACUGUAGAUUUCAUCCUAGUGAGAUUGGAUUGGGACUGUAGAUUUCACCCUAGUGAGAUUGGAUUGUGACUGUAAAUUUCACCCGAGUGAGAUUGGAUUGGGACUGUAGAUUUCACCCGAGUGAGAUUGGAUUGGGACUGUACAUUUCACCCGAGUGAGAUUGGAUUGGGACUGUAGAUUUCAUCCUAGUGAGAUUGGAUUGGGACUGUAGAUUUCACCCGAGUGAGAUUGGAUUGGGACUGUAAAUUUCACCCGAGUGAGAUUGGAUUGGGACUGUAGAUUUCACCCGAGUGAGAUUGGAUUGGGGCUGUAGAUUUCACCCGAGUGAGAUUGGAUUAUCAUUAUUCGAGCUGAUCAUACAGUGAAUGCAUGUUUUAGCCGUGUAGUUUGCGUGCUGAGCGCUGUUCUCUGUUCCUACAGGUUGGGACCCGGGGAUCAGACAUGGCUGCCUUCAGCCGCAGGGAGUUUUAUGAGCAGCUGCUGGAUGGCUGUGUGUUCCCGACGGUGCAGCAAGGAAUCGAGCAGAUCUGGGUGCUCCUGGCGAUCUGCCUGGUAUGCAGGGUGCUGUGGAGAUUUGGUGAGCCAUCAUUUAUUGAUCGCUGGCAGGAUUUUGCUACUUGGUAUAGAUUGAUUUAGAUGGGAGCAGUACUCAUUUAGUGAGUUCCUUUACUUUUUUAAAACCCGCUGUGUGCUUUCGUUAGAGAGUGUUGAUACUUCUUUUAUUCCCCUCACAGCAGCAUUGUAUUUGACUAGGAGAACACUUUUAGUUCGUAAUAUUUAGGGUACUGUGUGUCUGUAUUAUUGGGGUGCUAGAGGGAAUUCUGUCCUGGCUGCAAUGGGAGCGCUCUGGAUUUUUGGUUCUGAUUUUCCAUUGUUAUUUUUUUUUUUUUUCCUUGUUCCAUCACGUCUUCCACGCCAUGUCUCUCUGUACCCCUGGGCAUGUCCGCAGCCCUCCCUUCCCAUUUCAAGCACCUGUUAACCUUGGCAGGCGGCUUCUUCUGUCUCUAUCAUUUCUUCCAGUUACAGAUGAUCUGGGUGGUCCUUCUCAGCCUGCUGUGUUAUCUGGUGCUCUUCCUGUGCCGCCAUUCCCAGCACCGGGGCGUCCUGCUGUCCGUUACUAUCCUCAUCUACCUUCUAAUGGGGUAAGAACCCAAAAUAUACAUCUUGAACCAUCCUGACCCUCUGCCUGUAUCAGAAUAUGUACACCCGGUACCGGUCUGACCCUCUGCCUGUAUCAGAAUAUGUACAGCCGGUACCGGUCUGACCCUCUGCCUGUAUCAGAAUAUGUACACCCGGUACCGGUCUGACCCUCUGCCUGUAUCAGAAUAUGUACACCCAGUACCGGUCUGACCCUCUGCCUGUAUCAGAAUAUGUACACCCAGUACCGGUCUGACCCUCUGCCUGUAUCAGAAUAUGUACACCCGGUACCGGUCUGACCCUCUGCCUGUAUCAGAAUAUGUACACCCGGUACCGGUCUGACCCUCUGCCUGUAUCAGAAUAUGUACACCGGUGACUCUGCCUGUAUCAGAAUGCCUGUAAGAAUAUGUACGGUACGGUCUGACCCUCUGCCUGUAUCAGAAUAUGUACACCCAGUACCGGUCUGACCCUCUGCCUGUAUCAGAAUAUGUACACCCGGUACCGGUCUGACCCUCUGCCUGUAUCAGAAUAUGUACACCCGGUACCGGUCUGACCCUCUGCCUGUAUCAGAAUAUGUACACCCGGUACCGGUCUGACCCUCUGCCUGUAUCAGAAUAUGUACACCCGGUACCGGUCUGACCCUCUGCCUGUAUCAGAAUAUGUACACCCAGUACCAGUCUGACCCUCUGCCUGUAUCAGAAUAUGUACACCCAGUACCAGUCUGACCCUCUGCCUGUAUCAGAAUAUGUACACCCGGUACCGGUCUGACCCUCUGCCUGUAUCAGAAUAUGUACACCCGGUACCGGUCUGACCCUCUGCCUGUAUCAGAAUAUGUACACCCAGUACCGGUCUGACCCUCUGCCUGUAUCAGAAUAUGUACACCCGGUACCGGUCUGACCCUCUGCCUGUAUCAGGAUAUAUACAGAAUAUGUUUUUUCUCAUUCUCCAUCACUGGCAAUAUUUAAGCGGUUUCUCCUGGCACUAUAUACCCGCAACCUGUGGUUUAAUUAGUCUGUUUUGACCCACAGGGAGAUGCACAUGGUGGAUACCGUCAGUUGGCACAAGAUGAGAGGUUAGUAUAUUUACAAUCUUUCCAUGUGCUUACCCUAUCGUCCUCGCUUUGUAUAUAUGGUGUCUCUGUUUACCUCUCCCCGUCACUCAUUAUCCUGUAACACACAUCAUUUUAACUCACUAUAUACUCUCCAGGCCCUGUGCACUCUCUUCUGG